CGAAUGCUAUCGGGCUAAUUACACAGGGAGGUAUCGCUGAGCGCUGCUUCAGUCUAGUUACCUCCUACAGGAGGAAGGCGGCUAUUUCUACAAGUGAUUUACCCCCCUCCGCUGGGCAUUGGGGUUGGGACGCACUAUUGUAAUAUUCCAUUGCGCGUAGGGCGCUGUUGGUCCGCUCCGGUGUCUCCUCCUCACUAUGCAAAGUGCCCGGACUGGCCGCUGCCAGCGCUUGUACGAACUAUGUGCUCAGUGAGAGAGAGCAGCCAGCCAGCAGGGGACCCUCCGUGUAAGCCUCUCGGCACUGUCUGACACCCGGGCUGCAAACUUGCCUGUACCGCCUGUACUCUCCCAGCCCUGCCUGCCUGCCUCUGGGUGUGUGGGGGGAGCCUGUCCGACCGCAGGUGGAACUCUGGGCGCCAUAGAGUGGAAGUCAGACACAUCGCAGUGACUGCUGGAGGGACGAGUGAACUUACCGGCAACUGACAUAAGCGCAUUAUUUACAAGAGGGAACUGAGUUCUAAUGCAUGAGAGCACCCUAUCUGCAUGUACGGAUCAUUGUCCCUUCCGGCAUCCAGCUAACUUUCUAACUACCAGACGUCUUCAUCUGCAUUACAUUUAGACUUGGGCACUAAAUAAGCUGCAGAAUGGGGAAACAGAACAGCAAGCUACGGCCUGAGGUGCUGCAGGAUCUCCGGGAAAACACAGAGUUCACAGACCACGAACUGCAGGAAUGGUACAAAGGGUUCCUGAAGGAUUGUCCCACCGGGCACUUAACCGUCGAAGAAUUUAAAAAGAUCUAUGCCAACUUCUUCCCGUACGGAGAUGCCUCGAAGUUUGCAGAGCACGUGUUCCGUACGUUCGACACUAACGGGGAUGGGACAAUAGACUUCCGGGAAUUCAUCAUCGCCCUUAGUGUCACCUCCAGGGGGAAGCUGGAGCAGAAGCUGAAAUGGGCGUUUAGCAUGUACGACCUCGACGGCAACGGCUACAUCAGCCGCGGGGAGAUGCUGGAAAUUGUGCAGGCAAUAUACAAGAUGGUCUCAUCAGUGAUGAAAAUGCCAGAAGAUGAAUCCACUCCAGAGAAAAGAACAGACAAAAUAUUUAAGCAAAUGGACACAAAUAAUGAUGCUCUUUCAUACUACGUAACUGGACUAAAGUGCAUUAAGGAGGAUUAUGGGAAGAAGAACAAUGGCAGAGACAAGGGAUGGCAGAAUCUGCAGAGAGUAAACUUUCCCUUGAAGAAUUUAUUAAAGGUGCCAAGAGCGACCCUUCGAUUGUACGAUUGCUACAGUGUGAUCCAAGCAGUACCAGCCAGUUCUAACCCACCCCCAGCCAUACGGACUAUUGCUACAGGCCAAGUGGCUUGUCAUUCAAGCUUUGCUUGCAAGUGGAUGCCUUCUCCAUCGUCCCUCUACUUGUAGUGGAGACCAACCCCCCCGUCGCCAGAUUGUUUUCUCUGUAUUAGAAAGGAAACAGCCUUUCCCCUCUCUCUAUUACUCCGGUAGCCGGCGUUCCUUCUCUCGCAUCCCGUCCCACUCAGACCUAUGUUUACAUGCAGAUACAAAGGACUUGUACCCCUGCCCUGGAUUCUCUACACGUGGAAUAUGGCGGAGGUGCCACCACACUACGUUGAACUCUGAAUAUAAUAAGCAGAUCGUGAUUUUCGCUUUGUAACAAAAAUUAACCAAUCUAAGUGAUAUGGACUCAAUUUUGAAAGCACAAGAGUAUAACGUUUUGGAUUUUUUGCUUCUUUUUUGAAGCAAAUUGCUUCAAAGUUCUUUAAUAAUAAAUGUCUUAUAUAUAUAGAAAUAGAUAUAUCUAUACAUAUUUGUUUAUUGUAUAUUUCUCCUGUGAAUAUGUGCUCGUUUUGUUCAUGCUUAAACUCUUCAAUGCCACAGGGCUUAUGGGGUAAUGUAAUCAAAGUCAGAAAGUUUGCCCUUGGUCUAGUAACCCGUAGCAACCAGUCAGCUGCUUGCCUUCAAACAGUUAACUUGUGAAUGCUACGUGCUGAUUAGUUGCUUCGGGUUUCUAGAUAUGGAGUAAACUUUGUCACUUUUAUUGCCUCCAAGGAUUUCUUUAGGUGUUUUUAAGUGAUUAAAGGGGAACUUCACCUAAAAAUAAAGGUUUAUUAUUUUAAAUGAU